AUGGCUGCAAAGGGUCAAACCGUGCAGAGGAAGCAUCAAAUGGUGCAAGAUUAUACCAGCGAACCCGAGGAGGAAGUUCCAAGACAAAUUGCUCUACAACAACAGCCACAAUUACAGGCUCAGCAGCCGCAGAUUCGGGCCGUGGCCCAGACGUCCGAAAAGUCGAAUCCUCUGAAACUCAGGCUCGACCUGAAUCUAGACGUUGACAUUCAGUUGCGCGCCAAAAUCCACGGCGACGUGACGCUGGCUCUUCUGUGGGUUGUUGCCUCCCGGCGGCCUGCCACGCAAUACAACUAA